UAAUUCAUAUGCAUCACAGACUGUCGUGCAGUGAACAUCACAUAAUAUGUGGAUUAAAUAUAUACUUUUAUUCAGUUUCCUAACAUUUAGUGCUUGUGAAGACGACGAUGCUUUUUUAUUUGACAAAUUUCCAGCAGGAUUUAAAUGGGGUGUUGGAUCAUCUGCUUAUAAAGUAGAAGGCGGGGUUAUUGAUGAAGGUAAAGGUCUAAGUAUUUGGGAUGUAUACGCUCAGAAACCUGGUAAUAUUUAUAAAGAUCAAACGCCUGAUGUAGCUGCUGAUAGUUAUAAUAAAUAUGAUGAAGAUGUUCGCCUCAUCAAAAAUUUGGGGGUCAGAAUAUACAAGUUUUCAAUAUCAUGGUCGAGAGUGCUGCCUACUGGAUCCGGUUCAGUUAAUCAGCAGGGAUUAGAUUAUUAUAAAAAUCUUAUACAAGAAUUAAAAUCCAACAACAUAGAGCCUAUGGUAGUUUUAUAUGAUAAUGAUUUACCUUUAGAAUUAGAGAAACAUGGUGGAUGGCUGAAUUUACAAACUAUCAAUGCAUUUAUUACGUAUGCACAGAUCUGUUUUUCCAACUUUGGGAACGACGUUAAAAGUUGGAUUACCAUUAAUGAGCCUUUGCAAACAGCAGUAUUUGGUUAUGGAUAUGGUUCAACACCACCCGGAGUUUACGGACCGGGAUCGAAUCCCUACACUGUAGUUCACAAUAUGAUCAAGGCGCAUGCUCAAGUAUAUGAUUUAUAUAGGAGACUAUUCUCUAACCAAACAGGUGAGAUUGGCAUUUCGGUUACGAGCCAUUGGAUUCAACCAAAAUAUCCAGAACUUGAAGUGGAUAAAAACAGCCAAGAACGAUCACUUCAAUUCAUGAUUGGUGCUUACCUCGAUCCAUUAUUAAGUGGAUCUGGUGACUACCCGGAUGUAGUUAAACAAUUGAUUAGUGGGAAGUCAACCGGUACCUCCAGACUUCCGCUUUUUACCGAUGCUGAAUUAGUUCGCAAUAAAGGUUCACUGGAUUUUAUUGGUGUCAACUAUUACUCUACUCUAGUAGAAACACAUAAAAUACUCAACUGCAAUCCUCCCCACGUAAAAUGUGAUAGUAAUAGUGUUAAGACUGGUGAAUCAUCAAUGGAUGGAAAUGGUUUACGAAGGUUAUUAAAGUGGAUAAAAAGACGUUAUAACAAUACAAAGGUGUAUAUAACAGAAGAUGGGUACAGUGAUAAAAAUAAAACAUUUGAUGAUAGAAACAGACAAGAAUAUGUCAAAGACCAUCUUAAUUCUGUAUUAAAAGCUGUUAUAAAAGAUGAUUGCAAUGUGAAAGGAUUUAUAUACAAAGCUUUGAUAGAUGGUUUCGAAGGGAAGGAUGGAUACAGCACAAAAACUGGUCUGUAUCAAGUCGACUUCCAAGAUUCUGACAGAAAACGAUCUCCUAGAUCCUCAGCUAGGUUGUUUAAACAGUUAGUGGAGGAUAAUGGAUUCAAAAUGGGAUAUCCAGGAAAAGCUGGAUUAUCUACUGGACAAGUUCCUUAUGAAGAUCCACUGGAUAUUUACUUCGAUAAAUUUCCUGACGAUUUUGACUGGGGAGUUGGAACUGCGGCUUAUGCAGUAGAAGGGGCAUGGAAUACAGACGGUAAAGGGCCGAGUAUAUGGGAUACAGCAACUCACUCACCUGAUUAUACUGAGAAUGGUGAUAUCAGUGCUGAUCAGUAUCAACAUUAUAAAGAAGAUGUUCAACUCAUCAAGAAACUUGGUGUCAGCACGUACAGUUUUUCAAUUUCAUGGAGUCGAAUAUUACCUAAAGGCGAAUUGGCGUCAUAUAAUGUCAAGGGUAUGACUUAUUAUAAGAAUUUGGUGGAUGAAUUGAAGAAGAACAAUAUCGAACCAAUGGUGACGUUAUAUUAUAGAGAUAUGCCACAAGUAUUGGAGGAUCAAGGUGGUUGGUUGAAUUCCUCUACUAUAGAAUAUUAUAAAAUAUAUGCCGAUAAAUGUUUUGAGGAAUUGGGCAGCAAGGUUAAAAUGUGGUUGACAUUCAACAGUCCACAGGGGUUUAUUUAUCAUGGUUAUGGUGAUGGUGUUCAGGCUCCACACAAGAAGGACUUGGGUAAUUCAGUGUACAUUGUUGCUAAAAAUGUUUUACUAGCUCAUGCCCACGUACACAAACUGUAUCAAAAUACAUACAAAUCACAACAAAAUGGCACAGUUGGAAUUGCACCUAACUUCCUUUGGAUAGAACCGAAAACAAAGAGCCAAGAAGAUGUUGAUGCAGCUGACAGAUGGAUGCAGAGUUUCAUUGGGAUGUUUCUAGAACCUAUAUAUGGAUCAGGAAACUACCCAGAAGUUCUUAUACGUCAACUAAAUACCAAAAGUCGAGAUCAAGGAUUAACAGCAAGUCGCUUGAUACCUUUGAGUCAAGAUGAGCAGAAUCUUAUCAGAGGUAGCUCCGAUUUCCUGGGAAUGAGUUUUUUCACCACAAUGUAUGGUAAACAUCACCAAUACGACAAGACUUUACCGCCGAAUGUUAAACAAGAUCAAGAUGUUGAGUUGUCAUAUGAUCUGUCUUCCCUCGGAGCAAGAAAUUCCAGUGAAGGUAACAUGGCAUACAGAACAACACCACUCAGUCUAAGAAAGAUGUUGAAUUGGGUCAAGUAUAAUUAUAACAAUACACCAGUUUAUAUCACAGAAAGUGGUUAUUAUGAUAACAAUGGUAGUCUUGUUGAUGAACAUAGAAUACAUUAUCAUAGAUUGUAUACCAAUAAUGUUCUUAAAGCUAUAAAGCUAGAUGGAUGUGAUGUUAAAGGAUACGUGGUAAAAUCUUUGUUAGAUGGUUUUGAAUGGGAAUUUGGAUACAGAACAAAAUAUGGUUUAUAUAGCGUUGAUUUUAAUGAUACGGACAGAAAACGCACUGCCAGAGCAUCGGCUCAUUGGUACUCUAUCUUGACAAAAGAGAAUGCCUUCAACAAAGGUUUUACUCAGAAAGGUGGUUGGGGUGUCGCUCCACAGUACAUUGACCAGUUUUAUUAUGAUAAAUUUCCCGAUGAUUUUGUGUUCAGUAGUGCAACAUCUUCAGCACAGAUAGAGGGGGCGUGGAAUGAAGAUGGUAAAGGAGUCGGUAUUUGGGAUACAUUUUCACAAGCUGGUCAUUGCAAGGAAAAUGCUACAGCGAAUAUUGCUUGUGAUAGUUACCACAAAUAUAAAGAAGAUGUCCAAAUGCUGAAAAAACUUGGAGUUAAAUCGUACAGAUUUUCCAUCUCAUGGCCACGCAUAAUGAGUGAUGGAACUCCGGCAACCACUAACGAUAAGGGAAUAGAAUAUUAUAAUAACGUUAUUGACGAGUUAUUAGAAAACGGCAUCAAGCCAGUAGUUACUAUAUAUCAUUGGGAUCUGCCUCAAGCUUUACAAGAUCAUGGUGGAUGGUUGAAUGAUUCCAUCAUUGAACACUUCAGAAAAUAUUCAGCUGUCCUUUUUGAAAAGUUUGGCGAUCGGGUUGACAUGUGGAUAACACUCAAUGAACCCUGGGUGUUCACAGUAAUUGGUUAUGGUACAGGAGAUCAUGCACCUGGUUUUAAAGAGCUGGGAAGAAAUCCGUAUAUAACAGCACAUAAUGCUAUACGAGCACAUGCUGAAGCUUAUCACCAGUAUCAUGAUGUAUAUAACGGCACAGGAAGAAUCGGAAUAACUCUGAAUAUUGAUUGGACAGAACCUGUUGAUAGAUACAAUAUGUUGGACGUGGAAGCAGCUGACAACAGCGUACAGACAUUCUUAGGAUGGUUUGCUCACCCGAUAUACGUCAAUGGCGACUAUCCACAAGUAAUGAAAGAUAUAGUUAGUAGAAAUAGCAAAGGACAGAAUCUACCUAAAUCACGCCUCCCUGAAUUUACUGCUGAAGAGAAAGAAAGAAUCAAUGGUACAUCUGAUUUUUUUGGAAUGAAUUCAUACACUUCUGGUAUUGCACGGGCUGAAGAUCCCAUAGAAGCGGCUAAACAAAAACCCAAUUAUUUUGGCGACAGAGGUGCAAUUAUUUAUGCAGAUCCAGAUUGGAAACCAUCGGGAUCCAGUUGGCUACAUGUGGUACCAUGGGGUAUUAGAAGAAUAUUAAAUUGGGUGAGAAAUAAUUAUGGUGUAAGAGAUAUAUUAAUUACUGAAAAUGGUGUCUCCGAUAACAACUCAACACUGGAUGACUUUUCAAGGAUUUACUUCUUCACUAAUUAUAUAAAUGAAGUGCUCAAAGCUGUAAAACUAGACGGCGUUCAGGUAAUCGGAUAUACUGCAUGGUCACUUAUGGACAAUUUUGAAUGGGCUGAAGGUUAUACGGAAUAUUUUGGAUUAUACUCGGUGAACUUCGAUGACCCAAACAGACCAAGGACUCCAAAGAGAUCUGCUCAGCUAAUUCAUCAGAUUAUACAGGAUAACGGAUUUAUCAAAGGAUCUAAAACAGAUCCAGCAAGACCAAAUGAUAUACCAUAUGAAAACAAAUUAUAUGCGGGAGACUUUCCCUCGAUGUUUUCAUGGGGCGCUGGUACAACUGCUUACAAUGUAGAAGGUGGAUGGGAAGCUGGUGGAAAAGGAGCGAGUACACUUGAUACUUUUUAUCACAAAACACCCAAAGAAGCAAAUGGUGAUGUGGCUGCUAAUAGUUAUGGGAAUUAUAUGGAUGAUAUCAUGGCAUUGAAAGAAAUUGGUGCAUCUCAUUAUUUCCUCUCAAUAUCAUGGUCACGUAUUAUGCCAAUGGGAUCAAAAGACAACAUAAAUCAACCUGGAAUAGAUUAUUACAAUAAAGUCUUGAAGUCAUUACAUGAACACAAUAUCAAACCAAUGGUAACCUUAUUUGCGUGGGAUCUACCUGAUGUUAUUGAAACACAGUAUGGUGGGUGGUUGAAUGCCUCUACCAUAGAUUUAUUUGAAGAGUAUGCUCGAGUCUGCUUUAAAAUGUUUGGCUAUCGGGUCAAGCAUUGGAUGACUUUCGACGAACCAGGACGAUCAGCAUACUUUGCCUAUGAACUUGGUAAAUUACCACCUGGUAAAAUGGAAAAUACCGUUGAAAUGUACAGAGCUGUACAUAAUAUCAUCAAAGCACAUGCUCGAGUAUAUCAUAUGUAUCACAAGGAAUUCAGGCGUUUACAAAAAGGUCAUGUGGGAAUAAAGCUACGAAGAGAAUGGUUUUUACCCAAGGAUUUUAGAAAUCCUGCUGAUAAUGACGCUCUGUGGAGGUUUUUUGAGUUUGAGUAUGGGUGGGUAGGUGAUCCUAUCAUCAAAACAGGAGAUUAUC